AUAUCAUAGGCACAUUGGAGAAAAUGUUUAAUGCAUUUGGUGUAUUAAUAAGUUAAUUCUUUAUGUGUUGCGUUGUAAUAAUUAAAUGUUUUUCUUUGGAAUCUAAUGACGCAUUUGGUUUAAUGAAAAUAAUGCUGCGAUUGCUACCUGUGUUCCUUUUAUUAACGUAUAUAUAUUGUGUCCGGGGUAAUGAUGUUACCAUAUCUGCAUCAGCGGGAGAAAUCAGAGGAUUAUCUGUGUUCUUAUCAUUUGCUGGCAAGCCGUACAGAGCAAUGGUCUUCUUUGGGGUUCCUUAUGCCCUCCCAACAGAUGGCUUUAAGAGAUUCUCGAAGCCAGUCAGAAUUCCUCGGUUCAGUGAAACUUUUGACGCAACAAAACCAAGGUCAGCAUGUCCACAGAACAUUAAAUGGGUGCCAGAUCUCGAGUCAUUACCAGUCAGUGAGGAUUGUUUGAAUUUAGAUAUUUUUGUACCACACUAUAACCAUGUGACAAAACCUAAAGCUGUAAUGAUAUUUAUUCACGGUGGAGCAUUUCAGUACGGAUAUAAAGACGUUUAUAAAUCCGAAGUCUUUGCCGCAGUCAACGACGUCAUUUACGUAACUAUUAACUACAGACUCUCAGCGUAUGGCUUUCUAGCGAGUAAAAAGUUCGGGCUGAAAGGGAACUAUGGGUUAUGGGACCAACAUAUGGCAAUUCAAUGGGUGCACGAAAAUAUAGCAGCUUUUGGUGGUGACCCCGGAAGGGUAACAUUAUUCGGAGAGUCCGCUGGUGCAGUUGCUGUGAUGUAUCAAGCUCUGUAUGAAGGAAAUAAGGGUAUGGUACAUCGUGUGAUAGCACAAAGUGGCUCUGUUGGGUCUUACUGGACUUACAGUGAAAAUCCAGAUGUCGCUUUUGAGGAUCUUAUUACUAGAAGUGAUUGCAAAAUGAGUACAUUAACUGAAAUACUUGAAUGCCUUCGAGCUCUGAAUAUAUCAGAUCUACAAGACAUAUUUUCAUACGAAACCUUGUUUUUACCUGUUACCGAUGGUGAAUUUGUAAGAUAUAACCCAUUCAGUCUGUUCAAGAAAAACACCAAAGAAUCUGCAGAGGCUUUGCGUAUUUUUACUGAUAUUGACGUUAUCAUCGGUAUGAACAGUGACGAGGGACUAGCUGAUCUAGAAAUUUUAGCAAAAAUAUUGGGAAAGGGCAUUGAAGAGCUUUCAGAUGGUAUGACAUCGGAAGAGUUCAGAAAUUACACAUACAGACAUCUAAACUAUGUUAACUUCACUAAUGAUGUAAAUAUGGUGAAGUCCCUUAUACAUCAGUACACGGAUUGGACCAGACUAAAUGAUUCUAAUUCUCGGCGAUCUUCCUUCCUUGACCUCCUGAAAGAUAUAAGCUACACUCCUUCAGUAAUUCAAGCCUCAAAUGCUCACGCUAUGUCUGGUGGCAAAGGGAGUAUCUACAUGUACCAGUUCGAACACAGGUCUAGCUUCUCCAUAUCUCCGUUAUGGAUCAAAGGGGCCAAUCAUAUGGAAGAAAUACCGUUAGUUCUUGCGUUCCCUACAGAUUUCAUAAUUUCAUUGGGUAUAAAGUCAGUAGAAGAGAUACUUGUAUCUGAUGAUCAAAUAUUACUGUCAACAAACAUGAUGAAAUUUUGGACACAGUUUGCAAAGACAGGAAAUCCGAAUGACAUCAGAGAUAAACAUCCUGGCGUGUGGCCUGAAUAUACCUAUGAUACACAGUCCUACAUUAUAUUCAACACGGACGGUAAACCAUACCCUACAGGGUCUCACUUCCGGAUUGAAUUUGUGAACUAUUGGACAAACGUAUUUCGAGGACUUCAAGAAGCAUUGACUAAUGCAAAAGUUGUAUGCGACGUGAAUUCAGCAGCUUCAUUAGGUUCUCAUUGGGCAUUUUAUUGUUUAUUUUGUGUAUUUUUCAUGAUCUAUUGCGACAAAAAAUGCUGAAGAUUAUAGCCUGUUGUAUAGAUAACUGAGUGUAGAACUAUUAUGACAAAAAAAAUCUGUGUCACUAAAUUGCUUUCACGCGAAACUCACUUCAUUCCUUAACUAUAUCUACAUAAUAUAUAAAUAGAACAUUUCCUCAAAGCAGCAUAUUUAGUGCAAUGCAGCUUUUUGACUGUAGCUAACAUCUAAAUAAAGUACAGUGAGGAAGCUGAAAUCAGGAAAUACUGACAUAUAGAAUCACAGCACUCGAAUGCAUUCUAUUGUAUGAAAUAGUAACUUUGUUACAGAACAGGAUUUGGCUUUAUAUUAAAGAAAUGACAUUGUUUUGCCGUUGAAUAAAACAAUUGUUUGGAGUGUUCAGAUGUGAAGGAAAUAUGACGCGGUUUGAUUGGUAUAAAAAUACGCACAUGAACGAGAGACAAUGGUUUUAUUCAAAAGGAAAUUAUUGUUUCAGAUGCAUUAUUUCGAUUCUAACAUGAUAUCAUGGAUUAUAAUUUAAAUUCUCUACGACAUCUACCAAAUGUUUGCUCGUUUUUCUUUGAUAUCAUUUUAGCAUACCGCUAUAAUGUUUGACGCUACGACUUAAAAAUUGUGAAAUACAAAAACGAUUUUGUUUCACGAUGAAACACAGUUUUCAGUCUUUGUAUAAUAGGAAAGUAAAUCAGGCCCUGUAAGAACAUUAAACAUAUUUAUUGUGAAAUAUCCAGAUACAACUUAGAAAUAAAUGUGACAAUUUCGUAGUGUUUGAGAUCUAAAAUAGCAUGCAUUUCCACUACCGUCCAUGAACAGGCUCAAUCAAACCGAGCCUGCAACAUUUUCGUUUUUAUCGUGUUGAGCGACCUGUGAAGUUUCCACUUUUUCUUCAGUAGUUCAAAGGGUAACAUUCGGCUAACAUCAUUGAAAAAUACAUAAUAUAAAAGAAACAUCUUUUAUUUGUUUUACAUUCAAGUUCAUAAUAUCUUUUCCUCUUAAACACAAAGUCUUUAACGGGAAAGGCAAUGUUGUUUUGACAUUAAUUCCAUCUGCUUGGAUUUCUUUAAUCAUUUAAAGAAGUGAAAGAAUUUUUAAAAUCGACUUAAAAUGAGACAGUUAUGAGCAUUUAAAUAAUUAAUCAAAAUGGUGGCCAUUUUGUUUUCAUGGUAACAAAAAAAAAAUGGCGGAUUUAUUAAAUUUCUAGACACAUACUAGAACUGUAAAUACUUUCGAGGGUGGGAUCAAAAGUAUUGCAACCAAUGGUGUUAAAUGACAACUAAAGGUUGGAUUAAGAAAAUCUUUAUUUCAAACCUUCAAAGUAAUCUCCUUUGACAGAUACACAACGUCUCAAUCUUUUAAUCUAAUCCUUAAAAGCUUUCUGAUAGUCUUUUUUCAGGUAUAUCACUAAAAAGGUUAAAUAUGGCGGCCCCCAACUUUUGGCGGGAUGUAUAUUUUCUGCCUGCAAGCUUUUUCUUGAGACGAGGGAAAAGGAAAAAGUCACAGGGGGCUAGAUCCGGAGAAUAGGGUGGGUGUUCUAGAACAUAUACUCCCUGUUCAUUAAAAAACGACGUCACAAUCCCAGCCUUGUGACUCGAGGCGUUGUCAUGUAACAAAUGGAUGCCUCGGAUACCCGUCUUUGGUUGACGUUUCUGGAAAUUCUUGAGAAGCUUUUUAAGAACUUUUUUCUUAUAUAACUUGGCAUUCAUUGACUUGCCUUUAGGUACAGGAACCUGGAUGGCGAGACCUUUAGUAGUGAAAAAUAUGACAUACAUAACCUUUUUUACACUUGCAUUUGACAAUGCAAGGCCUUCUGGCAUUUUGGUGAGCCAUAUUCGGUUACUCGGUUUUUCGAUGCGGUUCGAAGAAAUGUUUCCAAGAUUCAUCACCUGUUACUACAUUCAUAAAUGGUUUUUGAUCAUAUCUUGGAAACCUUUUCAAAAGCUUGCGCGCCAUCUUAACGCGCGUGCGUUUUUGCCCAUCAGUGAGCAAAUGCGGGACCCUCUUAGCACUUUUCUUCUUCAAUUUCAAAAUAUUUCGCAGAAUGCGCAACACAGAUGCUUUUGAAAUGCCAACCAUGUCCGCAAUCUGCUGAGAAGUAUAUCUUGUGUCAGAAAGUACUAUUUGUUUGAUUUUUUCAACAAUCCUUGGACUACUUGCAGACUUAGGUCGACAGGUUUUAGGCGCAUUUUUGACAGACUCCACGCCUGCACAAAAUUUCCUAACCCAUCUGCAAAAGGACAUUUCAUCACUACCAUAAACAGCACAUAUGUCAGCAUAAAUGUCCUUUGAACCUCUUCCGAGUGAAGCGCAAGUCUUAAUGUAAGACCUCAUUUCGUUCGCAUUUUUACACUUUUACCAACCAUUUUGCCUAACCGCCUACGAGUAGGGUUUGUGCAAAAGUGAAUUGUGAGCGAUAUAUUGUGUCUACAUGUAUAGUUUAUACGUCGAUUGAAAGCUAUUACAAUGGGGAACACGUGCAAGGCUUGAAUUUUGUACUCGCGCUAAAAUAGCGGUUAUCAAUAGCCAGUGGCAUUACUUUUGAUCCCAUCCUCGUAUUUCUGUAAAAUGAUUUCUGUAUUUCAUCCAGCUAUAAUGAAAUAAUUUACCAUGUUUAACAUCUUACAUGCAAUAAACAUAUAAAAUUAAUCUAUUUAAAAGGUUAUUUGCUAAAUAAAGAAUUCAGCAGUGUGUAAAUGACAUCAUAAACACACAAAAUGGCUGCCUCCAUGAUCAGCCAUUUUCUUAAAUUUCAAACUGCCAUAUAUUUUUCAAUAGUGGUCCGAUUUUAAAAAUUCUUUCAGCCUUAUGAAAGGCCUGAGGAUGGCUUUCAUAUGAAAUUAACUUAUUGUCAUGCUUUCCUUGUUGGUGCUUUCCUGGGCCUGUAAUGACACUCGGCAAUUUCCGUGCGAUUACGUAUUACAGUAAUGCGUUUUCGGCAACCUUCGGCCAUAUUAGAAAACGGUUUUUCAUAAAACCGGAGAAUUGCGAAAUCGUAUUAGGAGAAUACAUAAACGAACGGAAAUCGCCAUUUGUCAUUAGGGCCCGCUAUCUUAAAAUAUAUUUUAUAUAUCGUGGUAAUAAUCAUCUUAAAAGUUACACAUUCUCGGACUUCUUUCUAACACCGCCUUUUAAAUGUCAUUAGCAGUUCAUUUUUUCUUUCCAAAUAUAUAUAAUUGAAGGGGUCCCUGCAGAAAGGUACCUAUCUCCAUUUCGCAAAAAUGUUGAGAAAACGCAUUUUUGUAAAAUUUUGGUGAAAUGUGAUAUUUCCCAAAAUUAUUGCAGCUAUAGAUUAUAUACGUUUAACAGUUGGUCGAAAAUACAGGUUUCCUUUAAAAGAUGUAGACAUGCGUAACGUUGUCGACUCUUAAAAUCUUAAGGCACAUAGUG